AUGGAAACUCGAGUACAUUUACCGGUAAAGCUUCAGCCUAGCAACCUCAGACCCACCGCGUAUAGGAUAUUUUCUAAGAAGCAUGGGUUGAAUAUUCAAACCGACGCUUUGAAGGUUUUGACGGACGUAGUCAGUCAUAAGUUUGGAUCUGAAUGGAAAGGUGCUAAAGCCCAAUUAUAUUUGGAAGAUAUCGCCAAAAUUUGGAAGGCACAAGACAAGGGCUUGUUUGUUGAUGGUGAAGGACUUAAUGAAGUACUUAAGCAGUUAAACAAUGAAGAGAAAACCAAAAUUAAUAGGGUUAUUGAUGAAGAGAAUAAGGAAAACAUAAAUGAGGAAGAAGAACUCCAGUGGCAAGAAUUUUUCCGAGUCAUAAACCCACCAGAGCAACCAAACUAUACUUUUGACAAGCAAAGGAAACAGUUUGGUUUACGUGGAGAAGGGAAGUUGUCGAACUUUCGGGACACUAACAUCGAAUACUUCAACAAUAGAUAUAGUCUUAUUAGAGACAGGUUGUCAAGAAACGAGGUGUUUCAGAAGACAAACUACCAAAGUAUUUCCAAUAUCAAGUCGAAGAAGCAGAGUAAAGAGAUCACCUUGAUUAAAAAUAUCAUUGGGAAUAACGGCCAGUCCUUCAUUAUUUUUGGUCUUUUGACAAAGAAUUUCAGAGGGGUGUAUACAAUUGAAGAUACAACAGACUCUAUUGAGUUGAAUCUUGACCAAGCACAAAAGAUGUUGGACGCAUUCUAUACUGAAGGAAUGUUUUUGACGGCCGAAGGACUUUAUUCUCAGUUCAAUGAGAACUCACCCAAUGGAAUCUUUCACGUAACUCAUUUAGGUCACCCUCCAGCGGAGAGAAGAGAUAUAUCAUCUGAGCAUUAUGGUAAUUUGGACUUUUUGAACAUCAAUAAGGAGAACUUGUCUAAUUUGCAUCAUUCCUCAAAAGUCAGUAAGGAUUUCAGGAAGAAAUUAGUCCGCUUAGAGAAGCAGCUUACGGACCACAAGUUCAUAAUUUUGGGGUCGAACAUCUACCUUGAUGAUUUGAAGAUCAUGAAAGGGCUUCGGAAGCUCUUUAGUCGAUUAGAAAAAGAUUUGACUGAAGAAGAGGAGGAGGCUCCGGUGUCAUUGGUUCUUACUGGAUCAUUUGUGUCAAAGCCAAUCAGUUCAAUUCAGAGCUCCACAUCAAGCAUUUCCAACAGCGAGCUGUACAAAAACAAUUUCAACAAUCUUGCAAACCUCAUUGCGGAAUUCCCAACCAUUAAGUCAAAGGUAAUGCUCGUGCUAAUUCCAGGCCCUAACGAUCCAUGGCAAUCAACCCAUUCACUAGGUUCUUCCAAUUUAAAUUACUUACCCCAGCCAUCAAUUCCAUCUAUUUUUUUGAAUAGACUCGAAAGACUACUUCCCAAGGGACACCUUAAACUUGGAUGGAAUCCAGUUAGGGUGAACUACUUGAGUCAAGAGAUUGUAAUCUUGAAGGACGACUUGAUGAGUAAGUUUAAGAGAAACGAUAUUAUUCUUGAAAGUGAUUUGAACCAGUCGAACGAAUUACUUAGUGAAAAUGUCGAUGAUAACAUUCCUACUAAGUUGAAACAGGCCAGAUGCUUGGUGAGAACUUUACUUGACCAGGGCCAUUUGCAACCGUUGUCUAAGGGGUUGAAAUUGGUGAAUCCCAUCUAUGCCCACAGUUUGCGUAUUGAACCAUUGCCCAGUCUUGUCAUCUUGAACGAUACCAAAUUUGAAAACUUUGAGGUUCCGUACACUGGAUGCAGAGUGGUGAAUAUUUCGAGUUUCCUCUCCGAUAAUAGAUUCAAUUACUUGGAGUACUAUCCAAGUCAGAAAGCGUUCAAAUUCAAAGAUUUAUACUUAUAG